AUGGCGUGUGGAGCGAUCUGUGACCGCAGUCACCUCCUCCCCUUGUCUGCCUUCUUUUCACACUUCUUCCCGGGGAGAUCGACGCCAACGUCGUUACCUGGCAACGGCGCAAUCCCGGCCUGGGCAGGCUGUGUCGGCUUAGUGGAGGCAGCGCCAUCUAGUGCACUAAAGAGGAAAGAGCAGGCGAGCUUUUUAUAUUUUGGAGGAUCCAUCAAAAGAAAAAUAUCCACAAUGUUCCUUGGAUUCCUCCUAGUUACAGGUAUUUCAGUCAGUUUGGCUCACAACUCCAGCACUGAAGCAGGGAACUCCUCCUACUUUACUGAGACAGCAACAAGAACAUUAUUCGCUCAAUGUCCAGACACAUACUCCAGCUUCUGCUACCAUGGCACAUGCAGAUUCCUUCUAUCUGAAUUGGAGGCCUCUUGUGUAUGCUUUAAAGGCUAUAUUGGUAUUCGCUGUGAACAUGUGGACCUGUUGCAGGUGAUGGCUGCUGCUCCUCCUUCCUUCCUGGUGGUGGCACUGUCGGUGACCUUUCUGGCUAUAUUAACUCUAAUAGGUAGCACAUGCCUUGUGAUAUACUUCUGCAGAGUAAGAAGAGAGAGAAACAGGCAAACCCUUCUGAAGAAUAUAGAACAGAAUGAUGUCUGA